CAUGCGUAACAGCCCAUAAUUCACGGUUCAUCAUCAGGAAGUUGGUGCUGGCCGAUCUCUCGCUGAUACGGAUAAAGCACCGUCCGGGCACCAGGGAUUCAAGUUCCGAUAGACGAGAGAUAGCGGGCACGGUGCGUCAUUAUCUUGGAUCAUCUCGGACGAGCGCGAAUAUCACGUUGAGACUUCGUGCAUCAUUUGAAUUUUCCCUUUUUUUUUUCCUCUCUUUUGUGCAUCAUCAUGGACGAAUCCGAUCGCGAAGAGACUGCACACUGGCGAUGACGAUGCUCUGUGUAGUAUGAACAAUAGUGGCUUCUGUGUACACAGUGUAUCGACAACGAGAGACUACGGAGUUCGUGCGAAUUCGUUGGCGACGGCGACGACGGCGGCGACGGUGACGAUCGAUCGAAAAGAUAGAAAGAUUCUUUCAGAUCAAUUCUUGUGUGAAGAGCAGCUAGUGGUUACGUGUGUGUUUUGUGAGCUCCCGUCCGUGUUGUGCUCGCCAUGACGUUGCUGUGAAAUCGUAUCUCAAUAAUAUCAAUCCCGAUGUUGGCCAUAGGAUUGCGCCAAUGUAACUUUCGUGCUUUUAACGAGGAGGAGAGAACCCGGGGUGGCGGCGGCAGCGGCGGCAACUCGUGGAUACCGAAGAAAGCUUCAAACGCGUUUGAAGCUUUCGAGGUCGUAUUCAUGGAACUAUGAACCUGGACUCGUUGUCUUUUACUUUGUCACAAAUCAGUUAUUUGGUUGCGAAUUUGAGUAAGAAAAAUUUCGAGGACAGCUGUCGGGAGAUAUCGGUCUUGGUGCAGUGGCAUGGUCUAGAGGCAGACCGACAUUUGUUGCGCUGUCUGAUCUCAUGCGUUGACUUUUCCAAGGGUGAGCUGUCAGAUUCAAGUGCAAAAGAUUAUUUUCAAGCUAAGCUGUUGAAACAGGAGUGUAAUAGCUUAUUGAGCAAACCUUCUUUUAUAUCUACUUUGUGCUUUGCAAUAGAUAAUCCUUUACAUCAUCAAAAGUCAUUAAAUCCCUCUCAAAAGUUUUUUGUCAAUUUGAAGAAAACACUUGGCCUGACCUUAGUGCAAGAGGUCGCGUUUGCGAUUGCAUUACAACAUUCGGAAAACGCUGAAAUUCGUGCUUUAGCCUUAGAGCAUACUCAGAAGCAGCUACCUGAAUUGAUAAAAAAUUACAUAAACUCUGAGACAAGUAACAAGCAUCACGAAGGUGGUUUGCACGAUUCUUUGCCUCAGGUUCUUCAUCUGAUACUUAGCCAAGCUCUUCAUACUGCCAAUCCAUAUAACCUACCUUUGGAAACAAAAGAGAAAUUCCUCAAACAUUUACGACGUGACUUUCCUCGUGAACUGGUGCCAGUGGUGCUAGCACCAUUCCUGUAUCCAGGAGACGAGGAAACUCUGCAAUUCAAAAUUGAAUUAAACAUGGCUGUCACUCAAAUGGAUAGCAACACUCUUGUAGAAUUGAUUAUGGAAUUGGGAUAUAGUUUCACCAAUAGUGUAGAAGAAUGUCGAUCGGCAUUAACAGGUUUAGGUGCCAGAGAAAUAUCGCCGGCAUGCGUCGCUCGCGUGUUGGCGCAGAUGGCACGUAGCUGUAGUAAUCUCGAUGAUGCUGGAGGCCUACAAACGUUUUGGGGUAAUUCGACUACCUCGCAAGAUUCCAACAAGGAGAAAUCAUCGGAUAGUACCAUUUCCACAACAUGGAACGUUGAAGUGUUUAUUCAAACGUUAAAAGAGCUACAAUCUACAUUAUCUUGGAAUGAAGUUAUCGUGAAAUUAGAUCAUCCAGAAUUUGUUAUUAAGGACAGGCAAGGUUUAAAUUUAUUGAUUACGGGCCUCAAGUUAGGUUUACAGCAUCAAGGAUAUCCGCCUGACGUGUUCCCUGUCGAGCUCUUUUAUCGACACUGGGAUAAUGUUGAAGGCCAAUUCUCUCUGAUUCAACAAAUUCUCAAAUGUCCAGAUAUAUUUUGCUUUGCCGAUUAUCCGUACCAUUCGGUAACAGUGGAUGUACUGAAAGCAGCUCCCGAGGGUGAUAGCAAAGAAGGGCAAAUAUGGCGAUCAUUGAAUAUAGUGGAAUUGCUUCUACAUAUGGCUGAAAGAGGCUUAUACAAUCCUGUACAGGAGAUAUUCAAGUGGCCAGUUCAGCAUUGCCCGGAUGUACUUGUCUUGGCAUUAUUGCAAAUAAAUCCACCUCUCACAUUAUUGAGACAGGAACUGUUCACUACGCUAUUGCCGAUUUUUCUUGGCAAUCAUCCGAAUUCUGCUGUGAUAUUGCAUCAUGCGUGGCAUGUCAAUAACUCCAAGAUAAAGACAAUUAUAAUGCAUGCCAUGGCAGAUUGGUAUACGCGUGGUGAUCACGAUCAAACAAGACUAUCGCGAAUCUUAGAUGUCGCACAGGACUUGAAGGCACUAUCCGCUUUACUUAAUUCGCAAUCGUUUCAGUUUGUUAUUGAUCUUGCCUGUUUGGCAUCUCGACGAGAGUAUUUGAAAUUAGAAAAAUGGUUGACGGACAAAAUUAGGGACCAUGGGGAAGUUUUUGUCACUGCGUGCGUAAAAUUCUUACAACGACGCUGUCCUCAAGUUAUGGGCCCUGGUAUCAAGGAAGAUCCUACAGUUCCCAAGGCAAGCCAACUACCACAGGAAACGCUCACUACGAUACUAGCUUGCUUGCAAGUUUGCGCCGGAAGUGUUUCUCAAGAACUCUCGGAGCUAAUAAUGACAAUGGUGCAGAAUUGUAGUCUAAUGCUGAGCAAGAGCACUAUGAACAGACCACCACCGCCGGGAGUUUUAAGACAUAGAGGAUUAGAAUCGUUUAAUCCGGCAACUUUGGGUAACCAGUUGUUUUCUUCGAAACAAGUGGAUCCUCUUGGAAAUCUUAGUACAAGCCUUGCUUCUAUGGGUCUUAGCACGGGUCUUGGACCUCCAAGUAAUUCCGCAUUUAAUUUGCCUGGAGCGCUAGGUCCUCUCGUUUCAGCACCUGGCUCUCCAUCGCGACUAAUGGGACCUUCGCCAAGUCCGUUUCCCAUGUUGCCCUUAUCUUCACAAUUACACUCGGGUCCAGUUGGUACUCAGGGACCGUCUGUACUCCCCGGUGGUACAAUAGGUGGUUUAGGACGUCUUGGACCGCCAGCUGGUAUUGAGAAAGCGAGAAUGCAAGAAACCUCUAAUUUAUUUCCAGAUAUGGGACAAAAUGUAUCCAAAGAGGUCGAGGAUGAAGCUAAUAGUUAUUUUCAACGUAUAUACAAUCAUCCACCGCAUCCGACUUUGUCGAUUGAUGAAGUACUUGAUAUGUUGAAAAAAUUUCAAGACUCCGGUAUCAGAAGGGAGAGAGAGGUGUUUAAUUGUAUGCUGCGAAAUCUGUUUGAAGAAUACAGAUUUUUUCCACAAUAUCCGGAGAAAGAAUUACAAAUAACAGCACAAUUAUUCGGUGGGAUUAUCGAAAGAGGACUUGUUAACAGUUAUAUGACACUUGGAUUAGCAUUACGAUUUGUCCUUGAUGCACUUAAAAAACCAGAAGGUAGUAAAAUGUACUAUUUCGGUAUAACGGCUUUGGAUCGUUUCAAGAAUCGUUUGAAAGAAUACCAGACCUACUGUGAGCACGUCAGAACAAUUCCACAUUACAACGAAUUCCCACCUCAUUUAGUAGAAUAUAUAGAAUUUGGAUUGACUGGAAGAGAACCAUCGAGACCGCAGGGUCCGAAAACUUUGGCGGAUAUGCUAACUCCAGUUACAACUACAUAUAAAACUAUGACUACGACUACUAUUACAACUAGCACCACGCAAGCGAAACCGUCUACGACCCCGACUACGUCUCUCUCGGCUAGACCUUCUAUGCCCUCGGUCGCUAAUGCAACUAAUAUCGAUACGUUGCUCGUAGCAACGGAUAAGGAAGAGAAAAUUACGACACCGCCAGAGGCCUUGCAGGAUAAAACUGCUUUUAUCUUUAAUAAUCUCAGCCAACUGAAUCUACAACAAAAAUGUGACGAGAUUCGCGAAAUUGUUACGGAGGAAUACUGGCCGUGGAUGGCGCAGUAUCUAGUAAUGAAACGUGCUAGCAUAGAGUUGAAUUUUCAUGCUCUGUACUCAAAUUUUCUGGAUUGUAUAAAAUUACCUGAAAUGAACAAGAUGGUUACGAGAGAAACAUUCCGAAAUAUUAAGGUUCUUUUACGGAGUGAUAAAGGAAUAGCUAAUUUCUCUGAUCGGUCUUUGUUAAAGAAUUUAGGACAUUGGCUCGGAAUGUUAACGCUUGGCAGGAAUAAGCCUAUUUUACAAAUAGACAUAGAUUUAAAAAGUUUACUCGUUGAAGCAUAUCACAAAGGACAACAAGAGCUACUUUAUGUAGUACCCUUUGUUGCCAAAGUGCUCGAGAGUUGUGCCAAGAGUCGUGUCUUUCGUCCACCCAAUCCCUGGACUAUGGCAAUUAUGAACGUUCUAGCCGAAUUACAUCAGGAACCUGAUUUGAAAUUGAACUUAAAAUUCGAAAUAGAAGUACUUUGCAAGAAUCUAAGCAUCGAUGUUGGAGAGUUAAAACCAAUCAUCUACUUGAAAGAUCCUGAAAAAUUGCGCAAUUUAGAAUAUCAGUUGUCGCAUCCAAACAAAAAAUCGGAAACUACUAGCAAUCAGCAGCAGUCUCAGGGACCUAUAGAAGAGUUGGUUGGGUCCACAACGCAGAGUGGCACUAUCAAUCCUCAAACUGUGCCACCCGCAAAUACUACACCUUCAUUGCCAGCUGGCCCACCAGAGCCAAGAUUUAAUUACAUGGAUAUAUCUGUAACAGGCAUUGCUAAUAUAUCUCAACACAUCACUAUCAACAAUCAAUUACCAUUAUUCCAAACGCAUCCUCAUUUGAAGCAAUUUAUUCGCCCUGCGGUUGAAAGAGCUAUACAAGAAUGGAUCCAUCCUGUUGUUGAUAGGUCCAUUAAAAUAGCGCUUACAACCAGCGAACAAAUUGUCAGAAAAGAUUUUGCUUUGGAUCCAGAGGAAGUGCGAAUGCGCACAGCAGCCCGUCAUAUGGCGCGUAAUCUAACUGCUGGCAUGGCUAUGAUUACAUGUCGUGAUCAGGUCCUGGCAUCGAUCAGUUCGAAUUUGAAACAAGCCUUUCUCGCCGCGUUAAUUAGUAUAACCCCACAACAGAAGGAACUCGUUGAACAAGCGGCAAAUGUAGUAGCUACCGAUAAUAUGGAACUAGCGUGUGCAUUCGUACAAAAAACAGCUAUCGAAAAAGCGAUACCCGAAAUAGACAAACGAUUACUCAAUGAAAUUGAAGUACGAAAACUUGCUCGGCAAGAAGGAAGAAGAUAUUGUGAUCCUCUUGCUAAGUAUCAAGCUGAAAGAAUGCCGGAGCAGAUAAGACUGAAAGUUGGUGGAGUAACACCUCAACAAAUGGCUGUGUAUGAAGAAUUUGCCAGAAAUAUUCCAGGAUUCCUACCACUUUCCGAACGGGAUACUCAAACGCUUUUCGUACCGAAACCGAUUUCUGAAGUUCCACUCACUGCAUUUACACCAAACUCUGCUGUGGCGGUUGCUACGGCGCAACAAGUAGCCUAUGGAACAAUUAGCAACGAUGAAGUAGGUACAAUGUUGGAAAAACUUGCAGCGGAAGUUGAAGUUUUAUUGGCUGCUAUGGUACCUGCAGCACCUCCACCGCAGAACGCUGCCCUUCAUAGCCUUUUAGAUGCGAUUAUACUUACGAGAAGAUCAAGAGAUGCCGGUGCAGCUAUGACAUUAUUAAAGAAAGCGGUCGAAGGUUUACUAGAUGGGCCUAUUUUUACCAGCGGCACCAUUGAAGCUGAAAAUCUAGCGCAGCGCUACAGAGAACUACACUUACGUAUCUUGAAAUGUCUUCAAGAUCAACGCGCGUACGGUAUGCAAUGGACCAACAAGCACGUAACUCGUUGUCUAACGGAGUGCCGAGAAGAAUACCGAUACAAUUUCGAAGCCGUGGACUACCUCAUAAGAUCUCAUUUAAUUAGUCUUCCACAAUACGACGUAGCUUUAGCGCAGGCUAUAGAAACAGGAAACGCCUUGGCAACAGCAUUCGCUAUGCAGUUGGUUCAACUCUAUUUGAUUGACGAGAGACAAGCGACUCAUGUUACCGAAACUGACUUAUUCCAUACUAUUGAGAUAAUGGCUCGAAUGGCGCAUCAUCGAACGCCACCAGAAGGAAUUUCACUGUAUAGAUUGACAACAUUAGUAGAUUCGCUACGCGCCAAUCACGCCGAUUCCGGCGUAUUGGUAGAUCGAGCUCCAGCAGGGCCUACGGCACAUAUUCAUUCCGGAAUCCUGCAGGUGAGAGCUCGUGAUUUUGAUGAUCCACCCGGAUUAAUGGAGAAAACGGAAUAUCUGUUACGUGAAUGGGUGCAGAUGCACCACAAUCCACAGUACGCGCGAGAUCCCACGAAAGCGUUUAGCAUAUUUGUACAUCAAAUGAAUAUCCAUGGGAUCCUGAAAACCGACGAUCUCAUCACGAGAUUCUUCAAGCUAAGCACACAGAUGUGCGUCGAUCUUUGCUACCGAGCUCUCACGGAAACUGCAGCGGCUCCAUCGAUCAUGCGUGCAAAAUGCUUCCACUCAUUGGACGCGUUCGUACGUCUAGUAGCACUUCUAGUAAAGCAUUCAGGUGAUGCUACUAACACACAUACCAAGAUAAAUCUAUUAAACAAGGUGCUUGGUAUCGUGGCCGGUGUGCUGUUACAAGAUCACGAAAUACGCGGCACCGAUUUCCAACAGUUACCAUAUCACAGGAUCUUUAUUAUGCUGUUUUUGGAGUUGUGCGCGCCCGAGCCGGUUUUGGAGGCCGUGAAUUUUCAAGUCCUGACCGCCUUUUGUCACACCCUGCACAUCCUACGACCAGCAAAGGCAUCUGGUUUUUGCUAUGCAUGGUUGGAGUUGGUCUCUCACCGUGUCUUCAUCGGUCGUAUGUUAGCCAUUACACCGCAACAAAAGUGCUGGGGGAUGUAUGCGCAGCUUCUCAUCGAUUUGUUCAAAUAUCUUGCGCCAUACCUUCGUAACGCGGAGCUUGCAAAGCCUGUGACAAGUCUCUACAAAGGAACGCUUCGUGUGUUGCUCGUGCUGCUUCACGAUUUCCCCGAGUUCCUUUGCGAUUAUCAUUAUGGAUUUUGCGACGUGAUACCACCGAAUUGUAUACAGAUGAGAAAUCUGAUCUUGAGUGCAUUCCCGAGAAACAUGCGUCUGCCUGAUCCAUUUACACCAAAUUUGAAAGUGGACAUGCUGCAGGAGAUAGCGCAUGCCCCGCGUGUUCUUACCAAUUUUGCAUCUACGAUACAGCCAUUAAAUUUCAAGAAAGAACUCGAUUCCUAUCUAAAAGCUCGUGCGCCGGUCACCUUCCUAUCCGAGCUUCGCAGCAAUCUGCAAGUGUCACAAGAGGCUGGAGUGCGUUAUAAUAUUCAACUGAUGAAUGCUCUAGUGCUCUAUGUGGGAACACAGGCAAUAGCAUUCAUUCGCAGCAAGGGUCAUGCUCCUAACAUGUCUACUAUCGCGCACUCUGCACACAUGGAUAUCUUUCAAAACCUUGCCGUCGAUCUCGACACCGAGGGUCGUUAUCUGUUUCUGAACGCCAUAGCAAAUCAGUUGCGGUACCCUAACAGUCAUACGCAUUACUUUAGUUGUACGAUUCUCUAUUUGUUCGCUGAAGCGAAUACGGAAGCGAUACAGGAGCAGAUCACUAGAGUUCUUCUGGAAAGACUGAUUGUAAACAGACCACAUCCAUGGGGACUCCUCAUUACCUUCAUCGAACUGAUCAAAAAUCCGACGUAUAAAUUCUGGUCACACGAGUUUGUACAUUGUGCGCCGGAAAUUGAAAAAUUGUUCGAGUCCGUAGCUAGAUCGUGUAUGGUGCAGAAACAGGUGCCCACGACGGAGACGGAGAUUCCAGAGUGAUAGAGCGUUCAAACCUCGACAGUUGCUGUGUAUAGUAAAAUGAAAGUCAAUGAUUGAGUAAUGUGUGUAAAAAGUGUUGUUAAUGUACGGAUAAACUACUAUCGCGUAUAAAAGUUUUUGAGGUGAAUAGUUGCUGAAUAAUCGUAAAUAAGUGUGUACCGAUUUAUAUAGUGCGUAAGCGAGACAAUUAUUGCGUUAAUAUUUUAAUAAGAAAGGAACGUCGAUUAAGGGGAGCAAAACCUCACACACCUCAUUAAACGUGUCUUUCGGACGAUGUAUUUCACAUUGUAUAUUAUAUAAUAUAAACGAUAUUGUACACAUGACACAAAUGUCAGUAUAUAUACAUAAUAAAGUGUAUCGUGGUGGAACAAGAGUUCAUCAAAA